GUCAAAGAAACGAAGCAGGAGCGCACUCCCAAUGUUUCUUCUCCUACCCGAAAUCAAAAAGUCUUCCUGUAUUCUGCACUUCUGCCUCAAAACUCCCAUCUUCCAUCUUCUUGAGCACCGUUUCGGAGCUACCUUCUCGCUUCUGUGUUGUUGUAGCUGUUCUUCUUCUGCGUGACCGGUGGAGAUUUUGGAUUUCGACUUAUUGACUGACCACCAGAUCGAAGCUUUCCGCAGCCAUUCUUCUUUGCUCUUAAGAUUUCACCUCGUUCUUCCUUUGUUCAAUUUGGAAAUGUCAUCGUUACUCAUGAAUUUCAUAUGGAAUAUCUCUGAAUUCGUUUACUGAUCGCGGCAGAAGAUUAAGAGCUUUGAUGGGAGCCGUACCUUCGACACCGCGCAAGAACGCGCUGCCGCAGGACCCGGCGGAAUACCUAAUCGGUGCCUUCGUGGGUGAAAAAUCGUACCCUCUCACCUCGGAUUUCUGGGAUGAAUUGCUCGAGCUUCCCCUCUCCCUGCAAUGGCCGCAUCAUCGAGUUCGCCAAGCUUGCGAGAUUUUCGGACAGAACAACCAUCAUACAAGGCACCUUGCAAAGAUUUUGAUUCAUCUGGUUUGGUGUUUGCAAGAGUCCAUGUCAACUUCUGCUGGGCCAUCACUGAUACAUAUGAAGGCUGUUAAUGCAGCAUAUCUAUCCUCUAUAUUUUUGAAGUAUGUAAUUGAAAAUUCCAAGGGUAAUAGCUUUGAGGAAUUCUAUCUAUCGCUUGAUGAAGGUGAAGCAGUACCAGAAAAUUUCCAUGGGGAUCAAAACACAGAAAAUUUUGCAAUGCAUGGUGUGCUUAGUUUUAUUGGCAUGUCUGAUGUAAGUUCUCAUACGUACCUCCUGCACCAUGAACUGCUGAACUUGAUGCUUGUGGCCAUGUCCACUCAGCUUUGUUAUGCUCCUUCUCUGGGGCCAAAAGAUGUGCACCCAUUCCUUGAUGCAGUAAUCAUUCAGGAAACUUCUUUGGUUAGUUUGGUUGUUCGCAAACUACUACUUAAUUACAUCACAUGUCCUAAUUUCCCCUUAAAUGGUGGAUCCUAUUCCAUUUUUUCUGGUGGAAGUCAGCUUGGUGUUCUACAGAAAGUUGGUUCUGCAGCUGCAAAUUUUGUACUAUUGCCAUUCAGUUAUCUUGCUAGUUCAAAUGGUGAAGGUUCAGGAAGCCCAUUGGCAGAAGACAGUCUUCUUGUUUUACUUAUUCUUAUUCAUUAUAGAAAAUGCAUCAUGGUGGAUGAGUCCUUACUCGAUAAAAGUGAAGAUGAUGCUACUAUGGAUUCUCUUUUGAAAGAUAGUUCAUAUUUUUCUGAGAAUCCUUACUGCAAGGCCUUAGAAAAUGCUAGAGAUAUUGAGUUGGAUCGUAUUGAUAUUGAAGGGAAUGCACACAGGGGGCCCCUUGUGAGGCUGCCUUUUGCCUCUCUAUUUGAUACCCUUGGAAUGCACUUGGCUGAUGAGAGUUCUGUUCUACUGCUGUACUCGUUGGUGCAUGGGAACUCAGAUUUUUUGGAGUAUGUCUUGGUCCGAACUGAUUUGGACACAUUGCUAAUGCCUAUUCUUGAAACACUUUAUAAUGCUUCAAGGAGGACAUCUAAUCAAAUCUACAUGCUGUUGAUUGUCCUUCUCAUACUAAGUCAGGAUUCAUCCUUCAAUGGCAGUAUUCACAAGCUGAUCCUGCCUAGUGUUCCCUGGUACCAAGAACGUCUCCUCCAUCACACUUCUCUUGGUUCUUUGAUGGUUAUAAUACUAAUAAGGACUGUGAAGUAUAAUCUAUCCAAGAUGCGGGAUGUUUACCUCCAUACAAAUUGUCUAGCAACUUUGGCAAACAUGGCUCCCCAUGUUCACCGGCUUAGUGCAUAUGCAUCGCAGAGACUGGUCAGCCUUUUCGAUAUGCUCUCUCGCAAGUAUACCAAAUUAGCAGAGUUAAGAAAUGAUAAGAUGCUGAUGAAUAAGGCUGGCUCAAUAGAUGGGAGCAACAUCUCAGAAGAUGCGUCAACUGAAUUGCACAUCUAUACUGACUUCCUAAGGAUUGUACUGGAGAUCUUAAAUGCAAUCCUUUCUUAUGCACUGCCUCGGAACCCUGAGGUUGUAUAUGCAAUAUUGCAACGUCAAGAGGUUUUCCAGCCAUAUAAGAAUCACCCACGCUUCAAUGAGCUGCUUGAGAACAUUUAUACUGUAAUAGAUUUCUUUAACAGUCGCAUGGAUGCGCAAAGAAUGGAUGGGGAAUGGUCUGUGGAGAAAGUCCUCCAAAUCAUAAUCAUUAAUUGCCGAUCUUGGCGAGGUGAAGGAAUGAAGAUGUUUAAUCAAUUGCGAUUCACCUAUGAGCAAGAAAAUCAUCCUGAGGAGUUCUUUAUUCCGUAUGUGUGGCAGCUGGUUCUAUCUCGCAGCGGCUUCAUUUUUAACCCCAGUGCCGUAAAUUUGUUCCCUGUUGAUAUGCUUGUAGAGGAGGAACAGGAGGCUUCCACAGUUGAGGAGGCUUUGAAGGAUGAAACUGGUGAGUCAAGCGUGUAGAGGGAGGACAGUGCUUGAGAGCACUGGCAAUCAUCGAGUCAUAAGUCAAAUGUUUUCCCAACGCUAGAUGAAACAAUGUGGAUCUACUUUGCAUAUGCAUGCAAAGUAGCAGAUGCAGGGGGGAUGUCAGAUGGCUUGAUGCAGCUUAUUCUUGUCCUCAUCGAGCUUCCCGUCUUGUGUAAACAGUGAUGAUCAUCUACUGUUAUUCCAUUCAUACGCGGAUAGAGUGCCACUAAGCCUUUUGAUCUUGAUGAUAUCACACAGGAGAGUCCUAUCAAUUGAAUGUCAUGUCAACACUGAACAGCAAAGUUAAAGAGUUUGGGAGGAAGAAAAUGUUUGGAAACUGUUCAGCUCUUGCCUUUCCCAAUCUUGGUACAAUUUUAACAUUUAUUAUCAUAUUGAGCCCAGGGAAACUUCACAGCAAUCACAUACGGCGGGAAACUUGUUUCGGGGGCUAAUCUGCUGAAAGAUCAUACAAUUGAUGUUUGUGGUCUGGCUCUGUUAUCUUCUCUUUUUCUUUUCCCAUAUUCUUAUUUGUAAAUUUCCAGUCCUCUCAUUCAUUAGUUCAGACGCCAGCCGGAUUAUGUGAAAGUCUAGAGUUGAGGGCAGUGGAUUCCUUCUGAAACCUUGGAUUUGGGUUCAUUUUCGGGGUUUUUUUUCUUCCAUCUGAAAGGGUUUAGCUUGUCUGGUUGGAUGUAGAUUAAAACAAAAGAAAUAAAAAGGUUUAACGGU